AUGGCACUUAAGCUCCAACAAAAGCUCGUCCCCCACUUCGUCUACUGCGCGAUGCUCACCAAAAUCGAGCCCAAGAAGACUUACUCGCUCGAAAACUUCGAGCUGAUGCUCGACGCGAUCUACCCGCCCCCCGAGGGCGUCAUUGUCGGGGGAGGAUUCAGCGAAGAAGAAGGCGAGGAGAUGCGCCGGAUGGUCGCCUCGCAGGAGGACGAAAACGGCGAGCCCAUCAAGUUUGUCAAAGUGCCUAGUGGAACACUCGAGCAGGGUGGGCCGGAGGGUCUGGUUGCCGCGAUAAGGGAGUUGUUGGGCAGUGCGUUUCGUGUUGAAUGGUGA